AUAAUCUUUUUUUGUUGUUGUUGUUUAAAAAGGAAGAUGUUUGAACAAUAUUGGAGACGAUUUUCAAAAGUUAUUUUUAUUCAAAUUUUGGAAUGUGGAAAGUGAAGAAGACAAGGACAGUAAACCCAGAAAAAUAUGAUGCAGAUGCUUCUGAGAUGAUCGUGGGCAACCUAAAGAAAUCAAUUCCCAGGAUGAGAACUGUGAGGUCAAAGAACAGUAAAUGUCUCAUUACUACUACAUAUGAGACAUCGGGGAAUAAAAUGAGGCUUUGUGUCAACCUAAUGCCUGUUUUGGCAGCAGCCAAAGAGCCGGUGGAGGAACAGGAGGAGAAAGAAGAGGACAACAGCUGGACAAGUAAAAGGAAACCUGAAACCGGCAGCAAAAAUGACCCACCUGUCACUGAAUCAACGGAACAAAUACUUGAUUCCAGCGAUUCUUACACAGGAUUAAAUCUAGAGACUGACAUGCAACAAGCACAAAGUCCUCAGUUUGUGUUGCCGCCUAUAUCUCAACGUAAACCAGCUCCUGGGUGCUGUGACCAUCGGAAAACCAAGGGCUGCCCCACACCUCUACCUCCCAUCAGUUUACCUGAGCAAACCAGGACUGUCUCUUCAAACUUUACAACAACAGGGCACGGAGACAACUGGUUAGUUACAGGACAAGAUGCAGACACCAGGCCCUGGAUAGACAAUCCCCUGUUCUCCAGAAGUAGAUCUCCUGAAUUUCAUCUUCCUGACAUCUCCAUGUCCAGUCUGAGCGCUCUGCUGCAGACCAUCUCACAGAAACUGGAGAGGAAGAGCAGAGGUGGUCAUGAAGGACCAUGGAGACGUGCACAGUCUGAUCACCUCCUCGCGGCUGGCGGUGAACAACGUUUGAGAGGAAAGAGUUUCGCGCUGCAGAGCGACUGCUGCACACACGACUGCUGCACACACGACAGAAACCUGGCCAUUGAAGCCGAACCAUCAGCGGGUGGACACAGUGUAAGGGGACAGAUGAGCCUUCCUCCACCACAAACAACGCUCAUCCUCACCAUGACGAAAAAAAACCUCCUGCCUCCCAACAUGCUGCAGUGA